GUUCUGCUCAGUUUUCGCUACGCUUUCGAAACGCUCGGUUCGAGUUUGGAGAUAAGACUUCUUGGUGCAUUUGAAGAUCAAGGAUACAGAAACAACAGGAAAAUAGUUGGAGAUGAAAGUGUGAUUUUAUGGUGCAUUAGGAGUAUACACCGAGUGAAGUGAUUUUAUCCUAGAAGACUAGGAUACAUCCGAAACGAUGGUAUCCAAAAUAUGGUGGAUAGUGGCAAUAGCGUUUAUUGUGGGACCAAAGAGUGGAGAUGCAUUCGAUAUAAUCCCACUAAACAGCGAGAUUGUGUAUCGGUUGGAAACGGAUGUGACACUAGUGCCGGACUUCCAGGCUCGGUCCAACUACAUAUGGACGCUCGCCGGACAACUGCGUGUGCAGCGGUACGAUCUGAACAAUCUGGCGAUGAAGCUCGAUCUCGAUGGCAUCCAAUUCCCGGAUCAGAGUAACGUAACCGCCCUCCUCGAACCAUUCCGGGUAGCUCUCGCAAACGACAGUUCUGUGCUGAGUGUGCUGUUCAAGGAGAAUGAACCGAUCUGGUCCGCAAACAUCAAGCGUGCGCUGGCAUCGUUACUGCAGGCCCAUGGAGACGGUCCGGGGGCGUACGUGGUCGACGAGCAGGGUAUUUUUGGCAGUUGUCCUACGGAGUACUUCGUCGUGAAUAAGUCCAAUGUGUUUGAGAUCUCCAAGACCUACGACAUGGGUCGUUGCAACAUCUAUCCGGGGGCGAUCUACUUGACCAGAAGUAACAUCCCGCUUAAUAUCUGUACGGCUACCAAGCAGAAGCAAGCAAUCACCUCGAGAAUCGCAAAUUACAAGCUGAAGAAGGUCGAACCGUAUCGGUAUAUGCUGCUGGAGAUGGAUGGCACCAUGAGGACUAACGUGCGGACGUUUGAGUCAUACUACCCACAGUUUUUGUAUACUCGCGUGCAGUUGAAAUACGUAUCUCACAGAACGAUUGAAAAUGCCGGACAAAUUUUUGACGUUAGCCAGGGUAUGGCACUGCUGUUCAGCCCGAUUCUAUUCGUGAGUCCCGACGCGGAAGCUACCGGUGGUAGGUGCCCAAAUUCCAAAGAAAAGAUCGUUAAGAAGACGGCAGAUUUGUUGAACACCUUGGCCGAUAAUCUCGAGUCUAUUGAUUCGAAGCUGAAGGAACCAUACGACGAGACAGUGUCCGAAAUCAUUCGACUGAUGGGAACGAUGGACCUGGAUACGCUUAAACUGUUGUUCGAUGAGAUCGAUCUCGGAACAUCCUACCGGCAGGAGACAGCUAGGAACAUUCUGCUGGAAAUUAUUCCACGGACGGGAACAUCUCCAACAAUCUUGCUAACGCGGGAUUUGAUUAUCAACCAACAGGUUAAUCCGGUAACGGCUGUGCAACUGUUGAUUUCCCUGCCGUUCUAUAUGGCCGAACCAUCGUACGAGUUGGUUAAGGAGUGUGAAGUUUUCCUCAGUUUCGGUGCUGAUCGACCAGAUAUUAAACACGCAGCGGUGCUCAGCUACGCGACAAUGAUUUACAAUACGUUCGUGGCGGGUAAAAUGACCGCCGAUGUGUUCGAGAAGUACGUGAAAAUUUAUUUCGAUAUGUUUUUGAACAGCUUUGAGUAUGAACAACAGAUGCUUUACUUGGAAGCGUUGGGCAAUUUACAGUUGGAAAACGUUGCCGAGUACCUGGAUCCGAUCAUCAAGGCGGACUAUCCCCAGAACACAGACAUCCGAUUUUUAGCGAUGUGGGCAACGAUGCCAACAGCCCAUCUUCGGCCGAAUCAGGUUUACGAGACAUACUGGCCAAUAUUCCAUUCAAAGACAAGCCCUCUCGAGCUUCGGGUGGCCGCUUUCACAAUGCUUCUGGUUUCCAAUCCCACUCCGGGUCGAUUGCUUGGCCUAUAUCUCGUCAUAGCUACGGAAAAUGACCCCCAUAUGAUCAAUUUCUAUCGCACGACAGUACUAAGCAUUUCUGAGACAACGUAUCCUUGCUAUCAACAUUUGAAACAACUGCUAGCCUACAUGACACGUCAACUACCAAAGCCACCACUUUCCAAGUAUUGGGUCACCGGAAAUUAUCUGUUCGACUAUAGGGAUCGUAAGUUCCACAUCGGUUCGAUGCUGCAAACGCUUCUCAUUGGUAGCCACAAGACCGAUUUGCCUAUGAUGUUGUACGCUAAAUUCGAUACGGAAGCACUUGGGCGGUUCACGGGACAGCUAGGGUUCUACAUUAAAGCCCGUGGUCUUACGGAUGCCGUUAUCCAUCGUUUGACGAAACUCAACUCUAGCUAUCUUAAGAUGGAACAGCUGACCAGCAUUCUAAGGUCUAUGAAGAUGCCGGCUUCGAACCCGGUUCCACUCCACUUCGAGUGCAUCAUCCAAUUCGAGGGUAAAGCUGUUUUAUCGUACCACUUGAACCAAACAACAUUCCACAACCUAACCGACGGCGAUUUGAUCAAUCGAAUCAACUUCCUCCUGCGAGACAGCCACAUCAACAUGCAAAUAGUCCGACGACCUUUCAUGAUCAAGUAUGCCCUACCCACUCUGAUCGGAACGUCGGCGGAUAUUCUCAUCGAAAACACCGUUCUGGCGACUAUCCGCGGCAACACCACCCAGCAGAUGAUGAUGGACAAGGUCGCCCGGAGCAACCAGGUUGAUCUACGAUACUCUUCCUACGCGGUGGUAAAAAUUCGCAGCUACAACCCGAUCGAGGACAUCGAGUACUCCACCAUCCGAGAGCAGGGCUUUCUCGUUUAUAUACCAAUCAAUAAUGAAAUCGUGUGGGACAUAGCGAGCAAAUCUAUCAGUUAUGCGUUUUAUCGACCGAAAGGGCUCACGAGUGGGAUCUCCCUGAAAAGCCGGACAAGAAAUACACCCUCCGAUGCAUUGAUUCUGCCAGAGAAGUUAGAACCUAAGGAUGAGGAAAUUGCCGGCUUUGGGUACACGUUUGAUGAUUUGGGUAUUCAGUUUAUGGCUCGAGCUCAUGAAAAUUACACCAAAGAUAACGUGAUGUUUAUGCUGGAGACUGACGUGCUGGAUAACGCCAAAGUGCUUUCCAAGGCACCAUUCUCGCUGAUUAAUCACGUGCUACGUAUGAUCAAUUUGAUACAACUGAAUACCAUUCACAUCGGGAGAGACAAACAUUUGACGCUCCUGGUGUCGAACAAACAGAAGACUCGUCUCCAGGGUACACUCAAAUGGGACGUGGAAAACUACUCCAAACAACCGAACGUAUCCGAAAACGAAAUCUUCCGAGUUAAUCUUAUUCUGGCUCAUACAAUCCCCAAGCCGGAGGGUAGCCGCGAUGAGGUCAAAGUGCUACACAAAUGGGAACUCACGUCGCAAUUCACCGACUACAAGAGCAACAGCGCGGCCAAAUUCUUCUUCUCCCUCACCCGUCAGGAAUGGAAUAAUACAAACUGGAAGCUUUGCUUGUUUGCUGACUACCAGCCGCUUAUCUUCCUGAAGCGUCCCUUCAGUCUCAUUGGGCACGUGGCCUUCAAUGAAACUCGAACUCCCAAACGCUGCCCGGAUUUAUCACAGGUAUCGUUCAAUAUUUCCUACCAUCUUCCGAAGUACGUACAAGAUGUGUACAAGAAUAUGGAUACGGGUGAUGCGGACUGUCCCAAAGAAAUUCUACGACUCACGCCACCGCCUUUUUCCGGAAACUGCAGCGCGGAGACAUUUGCUCCGCUCACAACGGUGUCCGAGCUGGAUGCGAGCUUUAAAUUUGCGAAGCUUCCUUCCUGGAUAACUGAUUUGCUCCAUCGAUUGGAUCAUUUGGCCUCCGCAGUAGUGCCACGGCGAGUUCAAACGCUGAAUAUUACCGACCAUCUGGAUGUUAGCAUUAAGACGCCCCGAUGGAGCAGUGAUACCGACAUCACCAUCAACGGAGCGACAAUGUGGAUUCCCACACGUUAUCACUAUAACGAAAAAUUACAUCAUCCUAAGAAAAACAGCAUUGAUUAUGGAUUCACAAGCAUCUGCAGCUUGGUGAACAACAAGUUGACCACCUUCCAUGAUCAAAUAAUCCAGUUAACCCCUGAGAUUAAACACGACUACCGCCUGAACGACACAUUUCUGCUGGCAGCAGAUUGCUCGGACCAACCCAAAAUAGCCGUUUUCAUGCUGGACAACGGCAAGGGCAUCCAAAUCUACACCGGUGGUAAUUACAUCGUGUACGAAACAACCAGCCAGCAGGAGUCGGAUCCAAUUCUCAACAUCAACGACGAACAGUUGAUCAACCUGCGCAAUGUCGUGUAUCAGUAUCCACCGAACGAGGAAAUCUAUGACUUCCGGGUGUACCUGGACGAUGAGGAUGUGUUGAUUGUGGAGAAUCAGUUCAACGGUGCGGUGGUACAGUACGACAGGAAAUCGAUUGUUAGUAUUCUACUGCCUACGGUACACAAGGGCCGCAUCUGUGGGCUGUGUAACAAUCGAUUACACUAGAGGAAGGAUUUUUUUUCAAGUGGUUUCAUAUAUGUAGAUAUCAGAGCAAGUUUUUGAUCAUGUAUGUUUUUUUACUUUAAACUAGAAUACUUUAUGGAUAGUUGUUGCUGGUGACGGCAUGCGGAGGGAAUAAAGCGCAUAUAUUCGCAAAAUAAUCGUUU